AUGAAGAAAGAGUCAGCAGACAACAAUGAUCAGAGCUCUACGCAGACAGAUACGUACAUAGAGCGAGAGGCACAAAAAGGUGACGAAAUAGAGCCACUGGGAGACGCUGGAGUGGAGCUAGUCGUGAACCUUGAAGGGACAAUAGAUGCCCUCAUUGAGAAGGAAGUCAUCAAACUGUCUUCUCAAUGUAGGCUGUUUAAAGAUGAAACGAAUGCCGAAGAUGAAUUGGCAGUGUUUCAUAGGAAUGAAGUGCUUGCGGGGGAGUUCCUGGGGAAUGGAGCCUUUUCUGAAGUACAUCAAGUGUGGGGAUUUCAAUUAGCGAACUUUGGGAGCAGAGACCCAAAGCAAGAACGAGCUCGACUGGAGCUAUGUAGUACAACUUAUGAUCAAAAUGGAGAAAGUGCUUAUGUGUUGAAACAUUUGCGACGUGAUUUGCAUCAUCGCGGUGCCAACAAGUUCAUUCACGCUGCUGGUGAUCUCGUAAUGGAAGCCAAGUUUUUGUCUUACUUUGAUCAUCAGAACAUUAUCAAGCUUCAUGCUUGGUCUGGCCCGACUACUGCAUACCACGGAAACACGCACGAUGCAUGCUUUCUGGUUCUUGAUCGCCUGGAUCUAACCCUAUCACACAAAAUGAUUCAGUGGCAAAUGAAUCCUCAAGCUUCAGAAGCUGUUUAUUCACCAAAUCUCUGCGACUACAAUGAGAAGCUGAACAUUGGAAGACAAAUUGCAAGUGGUCUAGAAUAUUUGCAUAGCCGAGACAUUAUCUUCAGAGACCUCAAGCCAGACAAUAUUGGUUUCAGAGGGAACACUGUUCAACUCUUUGAUUUUGGCCUUUGUAGAGAACUUCCAGAGUCAAAACCCAUUGAAGAGAAAACAUUCCACAUGUCUGGAGUAGGAACCAAAAGGUACAUGGCUCCUGAAGUUUUCCUCGGAAAACACUACAAUCUCAAGGCUGAUGUGUACAGCUGGACCAUUGUUUUCCAAUCGAUGCUGUCUCUACAAAAGCCUUUUGACAUGUUUGAUGCUAUUCACUACAAGGAUCUGGUGUGCGAAAAAGGUGCAAGACCGCCAGUCUUUCAAGAGUGGCCACAAGGCAUUCAAGAUUUGUGCCGAAAUGGAUGGGCUCAAGAUCCCCACGAUCGGUUCACCAUUAGUGAAGUACGAGAAGAAAUCGAGCGAAUGCAAGCUCAAAUGCCUGCCAAGGGUCAACACGGAUAUGUUGCUGAAGUGACUGGUGGUAAUGAAACGCCGUUCUUCAUUGAGAGAUCAUCAUCCUUUGACCAAUCGUCUAUCGAAGACAUGAUGGACAACAUUUGUUCACCGCAUCGGAUCUGCCUCCGUAUACAGGGAGUAGAAGCUCCAAAGGGUGGUCAGAGCUUUUUGCGAAUGAUCGAAGGACAAAUGAUUCGAGCGUCUGCUCCAUACGAAAGACAUAUUACAAGCUAUCCCAACCUCAAACACUUGCGGUCACAGUACUUGUAA